UUGGUAUCAAGUAAAAGUAAAUGUAUUGUUUACUCUGUGAGAUAGAGGUUAAAUAGAACUAUAACUUACUGGAGUCGUAUUUUAACUUUUUAUAUUAUGGCUGCGAUUGAAAAGGUCAAAGUUGUUGUUCUCGGCGAUUCAGGCGUAGGUAAAACUUCGCUCACCUAUCUUAUUGCACAUAAUAAGCCUAUUCUUUCGCCGGGUUGGACAGUUGGCUGCUCUGUAGAGGUGAAGCUACAUAGAUACAAAGAAGGAACACAAGCCCAGAACACGUUUUUUGUUGAGCUUUGGGAUGUGGGUGGUUCUAAUGGACAUCGAAAUACAAGAGAUGUCUUUUAUCAACCAACACAUGGUAUAAUAUUAGUACAUGAUUUAACAAAUAGAAAAAGUCAAGUAAAUUUGCAAAAAUGGCUCACAGAGAUUCUAAAUCAAGAUAACCCCAAUCCAACUCUGCAACACGUGGAUGUAGAUCCUGAACAGUUUUUAGGCUCUACACAAAUACCUAUAUUAGUAAUUGGAACAAAAUUUGAUUUAGCAGAGGAAAAGCAAAGAAAGAAUCAGUACAGAAGAUUGGCUAGUAGUAUAGCUGAGCAGUGCGGAGCUGAUGAAAUAUUUGUGAACUGUCAUCAAGCAAGAUCUCUUGCUCCGGGUACUAGCAAUUCAGUUAAAUUAACGAGAUUUUUUGAUAAGGUGAUAGAAAGAAGAUAUUACUCUAGAAUCAGUCCAUUUCCGGAUAAAAAAAGGAUUCCUUCAUACAUGAUAGCUACAUCGACACCUCUUUCCAGUAAUAAACCUGCGCAGUAUCUUAGUCCAAGAUUCUAUCAUAUGGAUUGACAAAUUUAUGUUUUUUAAUAAAGUAAGCAUAGGUUAUUAUAUAGUUGAGUAUAAGUAAGUAUUAUGAAUAAGUAAUAAAUAAUGCAGAAGAUGUACAUAUAUAUCGAGAAAAUUCUGACAUUUUUUCAUACACAUAGUGGAAAAAGAAGUACGCGUGUCUUUGAAUAAGUUGCCUAUAGUUGUGUAUUUUUUGUGUUAUCGUUACAUAAAUACCUAUAAUAAAGGAUACAGAUCUCUGAAUCGAUAUGGUGAAAUGUUUUAUAAUACUUGUAAUAUAAGGUAAAAUAUUUUUAAAUAAAUAUAAAUAACGAAG